AAACAGAAGCGGUCCGCCGAUGCAACCAGAUCCUCCGGAUAAGAAUAGCGUGCGGGAUUUGAUAGAUUCUCUCCCUCACCCCCCCCUUCAAUUCGUCCCGAAUAGACGAAGGGUUUUUCUUUGAUUUGAUCGGGAAUUGAUCCGGUUCCGAGCGGCGGUGGUGUUCGUGGGUUCUUCGCUGCGGAUUUCGAUUUGCAGACCUCCUCGGCCAGAUCCGCCGCCGACGCCGACGACCAGCAGCAGCAGCAGCAGCAGCAGCAGGGGACGGGGGUUUUCCGCCUGCCGCCCAUGGAGGCCGAGAAGAAGUACAUUACGUCGGAGGAGCUCCGGAAGCACAGCUCGCCGGGGGAUCUGUGGAUCUCGAUCCAGGGGAAGGUGUACGACGUGAGCGAGUGGGCGAAGCAGCACCCGGGCGGGGAGGUGCCGCUGCUCACCCUGGCGGGGCAGGACGUGACGGACGCGUUCCUGGCGUACCACCCCGGGUCGGCGUGGCAGCGCCUGGAGGGUCUCUACACCGGCCUCCGCGUCCGGGACUUCGUCCCCUCCGAGGUGUCCAAGGACUACCGGCGGCUCCACGCCGAGUUCGCCCGGCUGGGGCUGUUCGAGAAGAAGGGCCACGUCGCGGUGUGCUGCCUCGCGUCCAUCGCCCUCAUGCUGUCCCUCUGCGUGUACGGCGUGGCGGCCUGCGAGGGCGCCGCCGUCCACUUCGUCUGCGCCGUCCUGCUCGGCCUGCUCUGGAUCCAGAGCGCGUACGUCGGGCACGACUCCGGGCACUACCAGGUGAUGACGAGCACCGGCUUCAACCGGGUCGCCCAGAUCCUGGCCGGCAACUGCCUCACCGGGAUCAGCAUCGCGUGGUGGAAGUGGACCCACAACGCCCACCACCUCGCCUGCAACAGCCUCGACCACGACCCGGACCUCCAGCACAUCCCCGUCUUCGCCGUCUCUUCCAGGUUCUUCAACUCCCUCACCUCCAUCUUCUACGGCCGGACGCUCAAGUUCGACUUCGCGGCGAGGCUGCUGGUGAGCUACCAGCAUUGGACGUUCUACCCGGUCAUGUGCUUCGGCAGGAUCAACCUGUUCAUCCAGACGUUCCUGCUCCUCUUCUCCAAGCGGAGAGUCCCCGAUCGAGCCCUCAACAUCCUGGGCAUCCUCGUGUUCUGGACCUGGUACCCUCUGCUCGUGUCCUUCCUGCCCAAUUGGCCCGAGCGCGCCAUGUUCGUGGUCACCAGCCUCAGCGUCACCGCCAUCCAGCACAUCCAGUUCUGCCUCAACCACUUCUCCGCCAACGUCUACAUGGGCCCGCCCAACGGGAACGACUGGUUCGAGAAGCAGACGGGCGGCACCAUCGACAUCUCGUGCCCGACCUGGAUGGACUGGUUCCACGGCGGGCUCCAGUUCCAGCUGGAGCACCACCUGUUCCCGAGGCUGCCCCGCUGCCAGCUCCGGAAGAUCUCCCCGCUCGCCCGCGACCUGUGCAAGAAGCACAACCUGCCCUACCGGAGCCUGUCCUUCUGGGAGGCCAACGUCUCCACCAUCCGGACCCUGAGGACCGCCGCCCUGCAGGCGCGCGACCUCUCCAGCCCCGUGCCCAAGAACUUGGUCUGGGAAGCCGUCAACACCCACGGCUGAUGGGCGGGCCGCCUCCUCCGAUCCGCACAUUUACCGCUUUCGCGCAUUUCGAUUAAUUUUCAUCGCCCGGCCUUUAGUUUCGCGUUUUUCGCAAGCCAAUCGAUUCAAAAUUCAUCCCCGGAGUUUACUUGCGAGGUUGAUUCUAUGUUUGAUCUUCUGCUCUCUCUAUAUAUGAUUUGUUUGUUUCUUCCAGCAAUUCUUGUUCUUUGCUAAAA